AUGUCUUCCCCUCUUGUAGCUUGGGACCGUCUUGUGCGGUACGUUCCCGUGGGCGCCGACACCACCGUCCGCUACGGCCAGCCUAUUCUCGAAAACGAGUCGGAUGCCGGCUCCAUCGCGCAGCUGGCACAAAGCGGAAAGUUGCAGGUCAAGGUCCUGGAAGGCGAGGACAUCUUCUCUGCUAAGCCCACAGACAAGGUUGAGACCGUCGCGAGGUUGCUCGGCCCCAUCGAGGCGUCCGCUGUGCCCAUUAUCCGGUGUAUCGGCCUCAACUACAAGACUCACAUCCUUGAAACCGGCAGGCCACUACCCACGUGUCCCACCGUCUUCACCAAGCCCGGUCCUGCCGUCGCCGACCACGGCGAGGACAUCCCCAUCCCCAAAGUCGCGCAGGAGCAGUGCGACUACGAGGGCGAGCUCGUCGUCGUUAUCGGCAAGGAUUGCAAGAACGUGUCCGCCCAGAACGCCCUGCAAUACGUCGUCGGCUACGCCGCGGGCAACGACGUGAGCGCCCGCGACUGGCAGCGCGAGCCCGGCAAGGCCGGUCCCGUGCCCCAGUGGACCUUUAGCAAGUCCUUUGACAAGUACGCGCCCCUCGGCCCCUGCAUCACCUACGUCAACGGCGAGGUGCGCCAGAGCACCAACACGUCGGACCUGUGCUUCGGCGUCGCCAAGCUAGUGGAGUUUUGCAGCCAGGGCCAGACUCUGCAGAAGGGAUCGCUCAUCAUGACGGGUACGCCUGGCGGCGUUGGCUUGUUCAUGAAGCCCCCGCGUUCUUGA